UAGUGGUAGCUGCCCGUCAAUCCCAAUAGUGGUGGCUGACCUGAACCGGAAGUGAUGCGCGAGUGACAUCGCAGUGUUCCUGCCUCUUCUAAUCUGGUCUUCUUGCAGAGCGGACGUAUCAGAAGCUUUGAAGAUUAUCCAUUCACAUCCUUUGUGUACAUUAUUAUUUCAACAUGCCAAGACACAUGAACAUAUCACGGGUUCAAAACUUCACAGCUAGGCUGAAGUUGGUGAACCCAUUUGAGCUAGCUAGGGUGGUCACCCUGUCUGACAGGGAGGAUCGGUUCAGCACCUUACUGGACCAAGUUGGACUGGCCAAGGGGAGGAAUUCCGGUGGUUGGCUUCACAGUCUUGCCAGAGAAUUGAAUGUCCUGCAAUUCCACUCGCCCGAGUGGAUUAGUCAGCACGUGAGCUACAUUGCCCGAAAACCUAAUCCAGUGUGGAAGGACGCCCCCCAAGGUCAAAGUAGGGAUGUUCGUCUCCAGUCUGAUCCUUUAUUGGAGAGGACUGGAGAGCAUCUGGAGCCUGAGGAAGCAUCUGAACGGUCUUUAUUGGCCGCUGAAGGUGUUGAGUGUGAGGUAAGCUCUUUAUCCUCGGGUGGUGCGGACAAGUUAUUGGACUCUAGUCCUGUUCGCACUCCGGUGAAGCCGGUUAGUCCCGUGAAGCCACGGAUGCGAGAGGAGUUGAGUGAGCACAAAAGGCACACUCCUGUAAGCCGCCCGGCUAAGGCCUUUAAGCCUGGCCUGGGUGGUAAAACCUACGCAGAAGUGGUCAGGACUGUUACUGGUGGACACGGUCCAGGACCGGUGAAAGGGUCCCAGGGUAAGAAAAAUAGGCCCAGGGAUCACCCAGAAAGUGUGGUCAGAGCUGGUAAGAAGCCAAAACUGUCCAUCACUAUAACCUCUCCCUCUCCUAUUGGGAAGAGGUGUCCGGUGUCUGGUUGUACGGAAGAUAUCAACCGCAAACAUGCAUUGGUUUGUCAUCUUCCGGGUGUGUUUAACCCUCAUUUGUCUGGGGAAGAGGUCUCUCAGAGAAGGUUAAAUGCCCUUAAGCUCAUUACCAGGUGGCUUUUGGGUGCACACCGGGACUUAAGUGAUUUAGUCAAUUUAGUAGAAUCACUUAGUCCACAACCUGUGGAAGAAAAGCCUGAUGAUUUAUCCGCACAGGCUAUGAGGGACUUCCUGAAAAUUCUAAAAGAAUCAGUGCCUGAGAAAUUGACAUUAAAGCCUUGUGGUAAUAAUGUCGGGAUCUUGGUUCACUGGAAGUUCCUUCUCUUUAUGGUUUCAAUGUUAGAGAAGGAGCAACAGGAGAACCUUGGACGGUUAUUUGACAUGUCCGAGGAAGAUAAGUCCCAGCUUCCGCAAUAUCCAGAUGGGUUUGAUAGCCAUUGUCAUCUGGAUAGAACCCUUAGGGAUUUAAGGAUUUCUGAUGCUUCUCUAGAGGCAUUAGAAAAGUACAAUCCUCUGGAAACCCAUGCGGUUAAUCUAGUAGGAGUGGUUGGUGUGUUUUGUGACCCCGCCACAUAUCCUUCUAGAGAAGGGGUUCGGGCAUGGGUGGAUCAGGGGGUUGUACCAGUAAUUGGUUUCCAUCCGAGAUUGACUCCCAGUGAAUCCAAUCUAAGGAAGCUGGGGGAGGUCUUAAAAUAUCCAGGGGUAGCAGGUCUCGGGGAAAUUGGCUUGGAUCGUACUGAGGAUCCUGAGAAGUGGGCUGACCAGAUGCUGACGGUAGAGAGAAUCCUCAAUUAUCUCUUGCCCGAACAUGUUCUGGUACUCCAUUGCCGUAGUAUUUCAAAAUUGACGGGCAGCUACCACUACACUCCUCCCCUUCCUAUUUUUGAAGUCUGGCCAUCCGAUCAGACUGUGAGAAUCUAA